UGCCAGCUGUCAGUGCUCAUCAAUGCCACCCGCCAGUGCCCAUAAGUGCCACAUCAAUGGCACAUAUCAGUGCCUACCAGUGCACAUCAAUGCCACAUAUAAGUGCCCAUCUGAGCUGCCUUUCAAUGUCACCUAUCAGUGUCAGUCAGUGCCACCAAUCAGUGUCAGUCAGUGCCGUCUAUCAGUGCAUGUAAGUGCUGCCUAUCAGUGCUGCCUAACAGUGCCAGUCAGUGCCACCUAACAGUGCCAGUCAUCAGUGCUGCCUAUCAGUGCCACCUAUCAGUGCCACCUAUCAGUGCCGCCUAUCAG